GGGAGGCGACCGCGGAGGGUGGCGGGGGGGCCAGGACCCGCAGCCUUGAGGCCGGGUGUGACCGCGGGGGAGGCGGGAUCAGUGCGAGAUCGCGCUGGCUGGGAUUCAAUCUCUGCUUACCUUGGAGUCAGUCGCCGUUCCCUGGCGCUCACUUUGUGCCUUUGCCCGGGACGCCGUCGCCGAUUGGAUCCCGGCUUUCAGCUCUGCCCGCACUUUCAGAGAUGACUUCCAGAAAUCCCAAAGAUUUAAUUAAAAGUAAAUGGGGACCAAAGCCUAGUAAUUCCAAAUCAGAAACUGCAUUAGAAAAAUUUAGGGGAGAAAUUGCAGCUUUAAAAACAUCAGUAGAUGAAAUCACAAGUGGAAAAGGAAAGCUGAUUGAUAAAGACAGACACAAACUUUUGGAGAAAAUUCGAGUCCUUGAAGCUGAGAGAGAGAAGAAUGUUUAUCGCCUCACAGAGAAGGACAAAGAAAUACAGCGACUCAGAGACCAGCUGAAAGCCAAGCACAGCACUCCUGCAUUGCUUGAACAGCUGGAAGAGAAAACGAAGGAAGUUGAAAGAAGAGAACAGCUGUUGAAAUCCUUGUCUGAAGAGACAGAUGUGUUGAAGAAACAGUUGUCUGCUACAACUGCAAGGCUUGCUGAACUUGAAGGCAAAGCCAAUUCGCUUCAUCUAUCACAGACUGUGGCUACAAGUUGCUUCAAUUCAUCAAUGAAUAAUAUUCAUGAAAUGGAAGUACAGCUGAAAGAUGCUCUGGAGAAAAAUCAGCAGUGGCUUGUGUAUGAUCAGCAGCGAGAGGUCUACGUGAAAGGACUUCUAGCGAAAAUCUUUGAGUUGGAACAGAAACUGGAAACAGCCCCUCAGACACUCCCGCAGCAGACAAAAAAGACUGAAUCAGAAGGUUAUCUUCAAGAAGAAAAGCAAAAAUAUUAUAACCAUCUCUUGGCAAAUGCGAAAAAAGAUCUUGAGGUGGAACGACAAACCAUAACUCAGCUGAAUUUUGAACUGAGUGAAUUUCGAAGAAAAUAUGAAGAAACCCAAAAAGAAGUGCAAGAUUUAAAUCAACUGUUGUGUUCACAAAGAAAGGCAGAUGUGCAACAUCUGGAAGACGACAGGCAUAAAACAGAGAAAAUACAGAGGCUCAAGGAAGAGAAUGAUCUUGCCAGGGAAAAACUUGAAGAAGAGAAGAAGAGAUCUGAGGAGCUGUUAUCUCAGGUCCAGUUUCUGUACACGUCUCUGAUGAAGCAGCAGGAGGAGCAAACAAGGGUAGCUCUGUUGGAACAACAGAUGCAGGCAUGUACUUUAGACUUUGAAAAUGAAAAACUUGACCGUCAAAAUAUGCAACAUCAAUUGCAUGUAAUUCUUAAGGAGCUCCGCAAAGCAAGAAAUCAAAUAACACAGUUGGAAUCCUUGAAGCAGAUUCGUGAGUUUGCCUUCACAGAGCCAUUAGUCACUUUCCAAAAGGAGUCUGAAAACAGAGGAAAAGGCGCCUUACCAAAAAGUCCCACUGCUGCGUUAAAUGAAAGCCUGGUGGAAUGUCCUAAGUGCAAUAUCCAAUAUCCAGCCACCGAACACCGAGAUCUACUCGUCCACGUUGAAUACUGUUCCAAGUAGCAAUGUGAUUGUUCUUUGUUUUUGUGCCAAAAGAUUCAAUACUGUAUCUUAUGUUAGCUAAUGGACAUUUUGAAUUGCUUAUUUCACCUCACGUCAGAAACUGCCUGUCUACCUUUAAGACUCUAGCAUAGCAGUGAAUUGUUGUGUUUUGUUUUUGUUUUUUUUGCCUGCUUUGCAUUUCCGAGCAUUGAAUGCUGAGACCAUUAACAUUUUGCACUGUUAAAGUACUUGAUGAAGAAAAGAUAGUUCAGGUUAUUGCUUGUAGGUCAAAUCUGUUACACCAACAAGCAAAUAUUUUGUUUUUCGGAUUUUUAAAAAAUCGAAGGCAAUUAACCAGGGAUCUUUAUUGUUAUUAUUUUUUAAUCCAAGCACUUCAUAAGCCUACCAUUCUGACUUUGAUGUCCUUUGUGAAGAGAUGGUGAUGCUUUUUUCUUUUUGUUUAUAUUUCCUUUCUAUGAUAGAGCAGUUAUUAGAAAAGUUGGGCAUUUUCUUCAUCUUUAUUGCUGCUUACUGUUGAAACUGUAGACCUAGCUGUGUUUGAAGCACAAAGCAGAUUCUGUUUAAGGAAUACUCCUUAUAGCCACACAGUGUUUUCUGUGAUGUUAACUGCUAUACCUUUAACUUGAAUUUCAUCAGCACAUGUUAGUUAGCUAAAAUUGUUAAAAUGAAUUUUAACAAAACCACCGAGCCCUCUCUUGAUAUGCAAAUGUUUUAUUUAUUUAUUUUUGGCACUCUUGAAAGCUGGGUGAUGUAAUGAACAGAUAUUUGCUUAUCUGAAUAUUUUUAUACAUGUGUGCAUAAACCAAGAUUUAAAAAAAAAAUUUCUUCAGGUUUUCUAAAAUGCUUAACACUGAGCUACUAUUGGUAAUGUAAAGGAGAAAAGAAUAAAGAGUUAUUUAAUAAA